GAUGUGCGUUUAAGUCUUUGCCCUCCAUGCACAUUGACUUGCAUGGACAUGAAGGCGAGACAACGGCCUCUUUGUGAUCCCAAUGGCUCCGUGGAGCGCUGUGUGAUAUAACAAGGCGGCUCAGAGUGCGGCGCGAUGCACUCCGUAAAUUCGUGAGCAAGCCGCCCACUGCCAGCCUGCCAGCCAGUCAGCCAGCAAGCGCGGGACAUUUCCGCACACGCGGGUCAGCUGAUCGAGACACGCGGAAAGCACUUACUAACAGAACUCCACCAAAAAAAAGAAAAAAAAAAGUCCCCCGCACGCUGAGCACACUGUUAGUAACUUUUAGCCGCUCCACGGAUCCACGACACACGUUUACACGCCUAGUCCUGCGUGAACUCCGCAUUUCGCAUGACACGUUGAGGAAGAGGGAGAAAGCGAGCGAGCAAAACAUUCGUCUGCUGGACGUCUGCUCAUUCCGACUGGUAGUGAUGGCGCACAGGGAGUCCCCGGUGGCUUUGAAUGGAACUCAUAUUUCCUACAUUGGACAUGAUUGUAAGGACAUCCCAGACUUCCUCGGUGACUCGUUUGGAGAUUUUGCCAGAAGGCUUGACUUGAGCUUCAAUCAGCUAAGGUCCCUGGCAGGCCUCAAAACGUUCACUGAGCUGGAAGAGCUGGUCGUGGACAACAAUCUGCUCGGGAAUGACCUCCGGUUGCCCAGGUUACCUAACCUGCACACCUUGACGCUUAAUAAGAACAAACUGACUGAUAUUGAGGCCCUGCUGGAGCACUUGGCUGACGUGACCCCGUCGCUGGAGUACCUCAGCUUGCUGGGCAAUGAGGCCUGCCCCAACCAGCUGGUCAGCCUGGAUAAAGAUGAGGAUGACUAUCAGAGAUACAGGUAUUUUGUUCUGCACAAGCUCCCGCAGCUGAAGUUUCUGGACACCAGGAAAGUUACCAUUAAAGAAGUGACUGAGGCCCAAGCGAGAGGAGCAUUCAUGAAGGUGCUCAAGCCCAAGUCGGACACUCCGUUAAACGAAGCCGGAUUUGAGAACCGCUCUGUGCCCUACACACCUCUACCCCGAGGAGUCAGGGAUGCUACAAACCACAAAGGCCACUUUGCCAAGUGCCGUUACAUCUACUACGGCAAGCAUUCCGAAGGAAACAGAUUCAUCCAGAACGACCAGCUUUGAUGGCACCGUCUGGUCCAGGAACAAGAGGGACAUCGGAGAACAUGGCUGAUGACGCACAGGAAGAAAAAUAAUGCAAUUUAUUUUUUUACAUUCCACUGAUGAUAAUGCACUUAAAUCAACCGACUGCUUUGAAUCGGUAACAAAAAGAUCUUUUAAGACAGUAUUGUUGACUUGUGUAGCUGCCUUCUGCUUGCGUGUGCGCACACACACGUACACACACAGUGACAAACAGUUUCAAGCUAUUGCGUGUCUCAGCCUGGCAGCCAUGAUGGAUCACCCAUCUACUGCUGCCACUAAUCAAGGGUGAAAGGGGUGACGGUCACACACCUGAGACCUGACAUGGACACAUCCGCCCCCCGACACACACACACACACACAUACACAAGCACACACACGCGCACAAAAUAGAAAGCACUAAAAUGUUGCAAAAUGUUGGCGAUUGGACUCUUUCGAUUUAAAAAAAAAAAAAGAUCUGGUUCUUAUUUUAGAUGGCGAAAGAAAAUCCUCAAAUCUCGAUUUGAUUGUGUGAAUACAUUGCAAUGAAUAUGCAAGAUACAAACAUUUUGAAUUCCACAAUGUACAAUGAAUUCCACUGGUUUUAGUCAAUGAAAUGUAAUCUACAAUAUAAUUUUGGACCAUGUUUUGUAACAUUUUUCACUGUAAUACUUAUUUUUCAAAAUAAGCAUGUUGAGUUGUUGUUCACUCGGGGACCGGUGACCAAGAUUAAAGUUACAAAUCAGGCAUUAUGACAAAUUCCUCAUUUAUGCUGACACAAAACUUUUGAAUUGUUUUAAAUCUAUUGUUUAGCCAUUUAACAUUUGUACUUUUUUUUGUGACUGUCAAUCAGUUAACAUUACAUAAUGAUUGUGUACCUGCUCCUAUGAUUGAUUUUAACUGAAGUAUAAAAAAAUUGCACCAGACACUUGCCUUGAAUCUAAAAACGAAUCUCAAACUCAUAGGGCAGUUAGUCAGGCGUGGUGCCAAUGUUACCGUAUGUCGCUAAUUACUGACAUGAUGUAAAACAGUCCAUUUAAAUUGAAAGCCCAAAUCACCGUCUGUAUCCUGAAACAUGGUGUCCCGGCUGACUCUAGGCAAAAGGUUGGCUACAGCAGACAUACAGUAGCUUGGCUGCAAUUCCUUAAUAGUAGUGCAUGACAAAGUAUAAAACGGCAUUGUCCAAAUACUUCCGGACCCAACAGUGGAAACCGUCUUGUAUUUCAUAGCGCGCACACAUACAGUACAAAGGCUAGCAAAGGAGCCUGCGGGGCUUCUAAUGCAGAAUGUCACUGAUCUGUUCUGAUGAAGUAGCGUGUCAUUUUUGCUUUAGCAGGAAGUUCCCAAGCAGCCAGCAGCUGUGAUGCCGAGUUCAGGGUCAAGAAGGCCGCAGCCUGCAGGUGAAUGUGCAUCUCUUAUACCUUAAUUAACCUAGCAGCCUUAAAAAGGCAUACCUCACGAGCUCAGAGACGAGCAAAUGUCAAGGCGCCGUGGCACCGGCGUCCGUUCUCAAGAUGCGCUUUGCGCUCCGGUGUGGCAGCUCGAGAAGGAACGCACGCUUGACGAGGAUGGGAAGUGACACUCAGCAAACUCGGGAUGUCCUCCAGCCAGCUCCGGUGGCUCAGCGCCUGUCAAUUCUAGCUCCGUCACCGGCAGUGGCUCAAUGGCAGCGCCUGUGACACAUGUCACAAACUUUUAAAUGUCUGCUCUUUUCAGCAGGAUGGCUGGGCGCACGCUGCAGCCAGGGGAAGGAUGACAUUUGUAGCGUGCGUGUGUGUGUGUUUGUGUUCAUGCCUAUGCACGUGUUGUUGUGUGGCCCUCUUCUUUCUGCCUCCUCGGGCUGUCAGUCCCAGUUUCCUGUGAGCAUAUCACAACGCAGACAAAUAAAUCUUGUCAUUUUGAAACGCCGCCACUAGUGACCACGCUCUUGAAUGACAUGUCAGCUGGAAUAUGGUCACACAGUCCUGUGGGAAGUGGGCACGGACUACACUGUGAACCACGCUCGCAUAUCAAAUUGACGGAAGGCGAUCACAAUAGUGCAUGAUCUCUGACAUUUCCAUUGACUAUCUGAGCAUAAGAGUCAGUAACGCAGCGUUGGUUGACACAAACGAGUUGAACCCCCAACUGUUGAAUUUGACCAUUUUUAUUUGUACAACAUACAAGCUCCUAAAUUUCUUUUUUUAUUCAAUUUCAUCAUUUUCUCCUAACACAAAUGGUGGCUGUGCGUGAUCGACCUCCCCAAAAGGCACGCUCUUGUUCUGUGUGACUCGGUCCCCUGUCAAAAUCACUAAAGGCCAAUCAUCCCAUCACAGCGUUCAAAGCCCAGAGCUGUGAUGGCUGAUUGACAUCAGCUAAUGCAAAUAUACAAGGAGCCGCAGGAAGAAAGGGGACUCGUCUUUGAGUGACAACAGUAAAAAGAGGGUCGUUAAAACAAUGUUUUAAAAAUUGUUGAAAUAUGAUACUUCCAAAAAUAAUUAAGGCAUGUCUUAGUGUUUCAUUUUAAAAAAAAUCUCAUUUUGUGUUUUUGUUUGACAUUUUGUUUUUUGGAUACAAAUAUUUUUAUUAUGGAGAAACAAUUUGAAGCAGAGCUGAGUAGGGGGAGAAUUAGAAUUCAGCAAUGUGAUUGGCCAUAUUAAGGACGAUAAAAGAAAACCAAUGAAUUUAUUUCACAGGGGGAAAAAAUGAUAUUUAGACGAGUGCGGACGUGCUUGCUCUUCGACAAGAAACAUUUGUCAUUGGUUGUGGGACGGAGGGUUGUGGGGGGGGGGGGGGGUCUGUGCUGUUCUAAUUAGCUUGUCAGGGGGCCUCAGGCUGAGCGGGCUGCUUGUGCUAAGAAAGAUGGACACACUGACACGCGAGCUGACAGCCAGUCGAUAAUGUGGCAAUUAAUGUCAUAAAUAAUUCCACUGCCAAUUAUGUCAAAAUGGACUUUCACGCUGCGACUCCCUUAUCAUUUCCUCUGAUAAAAAGAACAAGCCCUCUAUAAUUAAAUGGCUUUUUAUAUGGAAAUAGAACAUAGCCCCUUCACAUGGUGCCGCAAGGAAAACAUUGUGAAUAAGAAUGAAUCUGCUUUCUCUGACCUUUACCUCAAUGGAGUCAUGUGACACAACCUCCAGGCUCUUAAAAUGUCAUUGGCUUGUUUGCUCUACAAAAGAUAACCUCAUUGGAGAAUACAAAGACAAUUAGGAACUAGUGAUCGAUCCUCACUGAUAUCCGUAAAAGGUUGCGAAUGCUUAACCAUUAGCAGGGGUAUUGAUCGUGACACUGCAUCACUCGCUGGGAAAAAAUGAUAACCGUUCCUGGGAAUGAGAGGCCGAUCAAUUGUGGCAGGUAAGAAGAGUCUGUGCUGAAAGGCUUCUCAGAUGUGAAUGUGUUGUUCUCAACAGUUUUUCUUGCAAAUUUUUCUAAAUAGAAACAUAAAUCCAUGGCCAAUCCUG